UUGAAAAACAGGUGAGUUGGCAGGGUAUAAAUUUUGUGAACCUGGAUAAAACACACAAGGACUUUUGUCUUUCAAAGAGGCUCACAGAGAGAGUAACAGAUUCAAGCACAUCCAAAAACUCCACAUUUUGGGUUGGAGUCACUAACAAAAAUGGGACUUGGCACGGGGAGCGAUAAGUACAAAUUGGCGGCAACUUCAGAGGAUGGAGCCAAAAUGCCAAAAAAGGGGAAAAGAAAGCAGAAGGACAUGGAUGAUUUAAAAAAAGAAGUGGAUCUGGACGAUCACAAAUUAACUUUUGAUGAACUUCAUCGGAAAUAUGGUACCGACCUAAACAGGGGCUUGUCCUCUACCCGUGUAAAGGAGAUCUUAGCUCGUGAUGGUCCCAAUGCUCUUACCCCACCUCCUACAACUCCAGAAUGGGUGAAGUUCUGCAAACAGCUCUUUGGUGGGUUCUCAACGCUGCUGUGGAUUGGUGCAAUUCUUUGUUUCCUGGCAUAUGGAAUUCAGGCUGCCUCAGAAGACGAACCAGCAAAUGACAACCUUUAUUUGGGAAUUGUGCUGGCUGGUGUUGUCAUAAUCACAGGAUGCUUCUCGUACUAUCAAGAGGCCAAGAGCUCUAAGAUCAUGGAAUCUUUCAAGAACCUUGUCCCUCAGCAAGCCCUGGUUGUGCGUGAUGGAGAAAAGAAGAGCAUCAAUGCAGAGGAAGUAGUCGCUGGUGAUCUGGUGGAGGUCAAAGGUGGGGACAGAAUCCCAGCUGAUCUUCGUAUCAUCUCUGCACAUGGGUGCAAGGUGGACAACUCCUCCCUAACUGGUGAAUCUGAGCCUCAGACUCGAUCCCCUGACUUCUCCAAUGAAAACCCUCUGGAGACAAGAAACAUUGCGUUCUUCUCUACCAACUGUGUUGAAGGUACUGCAAGAGGUAUCGUCAUCAACACUGGUGACCGCACUGUUAUGGGUCGUAUUGCCACACUUGCCUCCAGCCUGGAAGGUGGACAGACACCAAUUGCUAAAGAGAUUGAACACUUCAUUCACAUCAUCACUGGUGUAGCAGUGUUCCUGGGUGUGACCUUCUUCAUCCUCUCCCUUAUUCUUGGAUAUGGGUGGUUAGAAGCCGUUAUUUUCCUUAUUGGCAUCAUUGUCGCUAAUGUACCAGAGGGUCUCCUUGCCACUGUAACUGUGUGUCUGACACUGACUGCCAAACGUAUGGCAAAGAAGAAUUGUCUGGUGAAGAAUCUUGAAGCUGUAGAGACUCUCGGCUCAACCUCCACCAUUUGCUCUGACAAGACUGGAACUUUAACUCAGAACAGAAUGACUGUGGCUCACAUGUGGUUUGACAACCAGAUUCACGAAGCAGACACAACAGAGAACCAAAGUGGAGCCUCAUUUGACAGAAGCUCUCCUACAUGGGCGGCUCUUGCACGCAUUGCUGGCUUGUGCAACCGCGCUGUCUUCCUUGGUGAUCAGAGCCAUCUGCCAAUUCUUAAGCGAGAAACAGCUGGUGAUGCAUCAGAGUCUGCUCUGCUGAAGUGUAUUGAGCUUUGCUGUGGUUCAAUCACUGAAAUGAGAGACAAGUACACAAAGGUUGCUGAGAUCCCUUUCAACUCCACCAACAAAUAUCAGCUCUCAAUCCACAAGAAUCCCAAUUCCUCAGAGUCUAAGCACCUGCUGGUGAUGAAAGGAGCUCCUGAGAGAAUCUUGGAUCGAUGCUCCACUAUUCUGAUUCAAGGAAAAGAGCAACCUUUAGACCAUGAUCUGAAAGAUUCAUUCCAAAAUGCUUAUGUUGAACUCGGUGGUCUUGGAGAAAGAGUGUUGGGUUUCUGCCAUUUUAACCUGUCUGAUGACCAGUUUCCUGAAGGGUUCGCAUUUGAUACUGAUGAAGUGAACUUCCCAACUGAGAAUCUGUGUUUUGUUGGUCUCAUAUCCAUGAUUGACCCUCCUCGUGCCGCUGUACCAGAUGCUGUGGGCAAGUGCAGGAGUGCUGGAAUCAAGGUUAUCAUGGUUACAGGUGAUCAUCCAAUUACAGCUAAAGCUAUUGCGAAGGGUGUCGGCAUCAUCUCUGAAGGGAAUGAGACUGUGGAAGAUAUUGCAGCUCGUUUAAACAUCCCUGUUGCAGACGUUAACCCAAGAGAUGCUAAGGCCUGUGUGGUCCAUGGAGGAGAACUAAAGAAUAUGAGUGAAGAAGAACUAGAUGAUAUACUCAAACACCACACAGAAAUCGUGUUUGCCAGAACUUCUCCACAACAAAAACUGAUCAUAGUGGAAGGUUGUCAGCGUCAGGGUGCCAUUGUAGCUGUAACAGGUGAUGGUGUGAAUGACUCUCCUGCUCUGAAGAAGGCUGAUAUUGGUGUGGCUAUGGGUAUUGCUGGAUCUGAUGUAUCCAAACAGGCCGCUGACAUGAUUCUGCUGGACGACAACUUUGCCUCAAUCGUCACUGGAGUAGAAGAAGGCCGUUUGAUCUUUGACAACUUGAAGAAAUCCAUUGCCUACACCCUGACCAGCAACAUCCCUGAGAUUUCCCCCUUCCUUUUGUUCAUCAUUGCUAAUAUUCCUCUACCUUUGGGCACAGUCACCAUUCUCUGUAUUGACCUGGGCACUGACAUGGUUCCUGCAAUCUCAUUGGCCUAUGAAACUGCUGAAAGUGACAUUAUGAAGAGACAACCCAGAAAUGCUAAAACAGAUAAACUGGUGAAUGAGAGGCUAAUCAGUAUGGCGUACGGUCAAAUCGGUAUGAUGCAAGCGGUUGCAGGGUUCUUUGCCUACUUUGUCAUUCUCGCUGAGAACGGAUUCCUGCCAUCUGAUCUAAUAGGAAUUCGAGUCAACUGGGAUGAUAAAUAUCUCAAUGAUCUGGAGGAUAGUUACGGCCAACAGUGGACGUACGAGCGAAGAAAGGUAGUAGAGUACACGUGUCACACGGCAUUCUUCGCCAGUAUCGUGAUUGUUCAAUGGGCAGAUCUGAUCAUCUGUAAAACCAGAAGAAAUUCCAUAGUACAGCAGGGAAUGAGAAACAAAAUCCUCAUCUUCGGACUAUUUGAGGAAACAGCUCUGGCCGCUUUUCUGUCUUACUGCCCAGGCAUGGAUGUGGCUUUGAGAAUGUAUCCACUCAAACCAAGCUGGUGGUUCUGUGCCUUCCCAUAUUCACUGCUCAUCUUUGUCUAUGAUGAAGUCAGAAGAUACAUCCUUAGGCGGAGCCCAGGAGGCUGGAUGGAAAAAGAAACAUACUACUGAGAAGAGGAAGAGCUUCUAUUGCAAAACUUAUAUGCAUUCAUUCACUCAUUGUUAUAUCUUCCAAAUGACACAGAACAUUCACAUUUUCAACCAAUAAAUAUCCAGUCAAGUCAGAUAAAA